GGUAUAAAUGUUAAAGUCGAGGAAAGCAGACACCGAUUUCCCGAAUUCAAUAUGAAAUAUCUGCUGACUUUGUGUGUUACAACCCUAACCGCAAUAGUAGCGGAAGCCACUUUGGGCACAGACUAUUCACCGAAUUCAAUAACCGGCGGAUUACACGAAAUAUUGGCCAAUGGUCCUUCUCUGAGCUCUGUGCCCCACCUCUCUGAUCCUGUCCCGCCCACUGGGCCAGGGUACGCCUCGGCGGCAUCGAUGGGCGCCUCGCCAAACAGGCGGGCCUACGACAUGUUUGGGCACGCGGAGCCCGACCGUGGGGCCAAUCCCUGCCCCUACGGAUGGUUCGGCUUCAAGGACAGCUGCUAUCUGCUAAGCAGUGAUGAAAAACCCUGGGUGAACGCAGCAAUACAAUGUGCCAGUAUGCAUGCUCAUUUGGCCUGUAUAGAAACAGCUGAGGAAAACGAGUUCCUGAGAAGACUUUUGAAAGAAAUAAGAGUGGACCAAGGAUGCUGGCACGGUCUGAACGAACUCCUGCACCCCGGCACAGAGACUUACGGGUGGGGGUUGACCCAGCAGGCCUGUACCAAAUACGACUGGUACGGUGGGGAGCCGGUGAGUCCCCCCUCGGGGAACCACCUUUGUGGGAUGUUCUUCCAGGCCUACGAUUACCACUGGCACGUGGGGGAAUGUACUAAGCCAUACCGAUACAUCUGUGAAAUGAAAAAGGGACAGCCGUGCUUGUGUCAGUUGUAGCUAGACCGGAACACAACAUUGAACGACCAUGACGCACUUGAACUUAAAUUGUUGAAAGAUUUGUAGGUAGUAAAUAUUUGAAAUAAAUAUUCAGCAACUGUGUUACUGAU